GAGCUGAGUCAACAUCGGCCUCUGACGGUGGACAUUUAACUGAACCGAGCAAAGUUUACGUUAGUAGGGCGGAAGAAAACUGCGAGGUCCCACCCACUUUCAGCCUGCUUCAACUCUAAUCGGCUCUUCCUGGAACUAACUCCGUCUCCCUUAAGGUUCUGAAGAUGAGUUACCCAGGAUACCCUUCUCAGUCAGGUGGAUACCCACCUCAGUCAGGUGGCUACCCACAACAACCAGGUGGCUACCCACAACAGCCAGGUGGAUACCCACAACAGCCGGGGGGAUACCCACAACAGCCAGGUGGAUACCCACAACAGCCAGGUGGAUACCCACAACAGCCAGGUGGAUACCCACAACAGCCGGGUGGAUAUCCACAAGCAGCAGGGGGCUACCCACCAGCAGCAGGUGGAUACCCACCAGCAGCAGGAGGAUACCCUCCACAGGCAGGAGGCUACCCCCAACAGCCAGGCGGAUUUCCACCCCAGGCAGGUGGCUACCCUGCCUCUGCUGGAGGCUUCCCUCCUCAGGCAGGAGGAUACCAACAGCCUGCAGCGGGUGGCUAUCCUUCCAUGCCUCCAGCAGGUGGAGGCUGGGGUGCAGCACCGGGCGGUUAUGGCGCGCCAGGAGGAGCUCAGCAGGGUUACCCAGGAGGCCCCGCACCAAACCAACCCAUGCCAAAUUACCCAGGUGCCCCUGGUGCUCAACCCUCCAAUCCUGGAUAUGGAGGUGGAGUUCCAUCUAACCCUAAGGCACCUGCCAUUUCUAAAGGAUACAGGGGUUCUAUUAAAGACUUUCCAGGGGCUGAUCCAUUAAGGGAUGUUGAAGUUCUUCGAAAGGCUAUGAAGGGUUUUGGCACUGAUGAAAACGCCAUUAUUGAACUUCUGGGAAGUCGCACCAACAAACAGAGGGUUCCAAUGGUGGCUGCCUACAAAACUACUUAUGGAAAGGAUUUGAUGCAUGAUCUGAAGUCUGAGCUCACUGGAAACUUUGAGAAACUGGUUCUUGCCAUGAUGAAGAGCCACGCGCAAUUUGAUGCUUCUGAACUCAGAGAAGCCAUUAAGGGAGCAGGAACCGAUGAAGCAUGUCUGAUUGAGAUUCUGUCAUCACGCUCCAAUGCAGAGAUUCAUGAAAUCAACAAAAUCUACAAAGCUGAGUAUGGGAAGACCCUGGAGGACUCCAUCAGCGGCGACACCUCUGGUCACUUCCGCAGACUCCUGGUCUCUCUCUGUCAGGGAAAUCGUGAUGAAAGACCUACUGUCGACAUCUCCUUGGCCAAACAGGAUGCUCAGAAACUUCACGCUGCAGGAGAAAACAAGGUGGGAACUGAUGAGUCUCAGUUCAAUGCCAUCCUGUGUGCUCGCAGUAAGCCUCACCUUCAAGCAGUCUUCCACGAGUACCAGCAAAUGUGUGGGAGAGAGCUUGAGAAGAGUAUCUGCAGAGAAAUGUCUGGCAAUGUGGAGGAUGGCAUGGUAGCCGUAGUGAAAUGCAUCAAGAACACUCCUGCUUACUUUGCCGGGAGACUCCACAAGGCCAUGCACGGCGCAGGGACCAAGGACAGAACCCUCAUCCGUGUCAUGGUGUCCCGCUCUGAGACUGACAUGCUGGACAUCAGACAGGAGUAUAUGAAGAAAUAUGGGAAGUCCCUCUAUGCUCAUAUCUCAGAUGAUACCUCUGGAGAUUACAAGAAGCUGCUGUUGAAGCUGUGCGGAGGCAACGACUAAAAAGAAGAAGAUAACCACUCCUGAGGACACUAUGUAUAUGUCCACAAUCAAACAACGUUAGAGGAUCUUAUUAUCACCUCUGAUGCAUGCAUUUAAUGUUAGUUAUCCUGUAACAACAGCAAAUCAAUAUUAGUUUUAUAUUCUCUAUAAUGAUAUGAUAGCUUUGUUUUGGGUAUGAUUGCCAAAUAGUAAAUCUAUAGAUAUAUAUAUGAAGAUUUUUAAAGACACGUAGAUGGCUUUAUCUAUAGUAGAGAAGAGUUUGAGGUCUGAAGCAAAAAAGAUGGUCUCAGAAUAUUUCACUUUUAAUUAAAAUAGUAGUCGUAGUUAUGCACAAUGAUGGUGCUAACGAUGUAGUCCAACAAACUGCUGCCCAGUGCAGUUUGUAAUGAUCGUUAAAGGCUGGAUGAAUAGAGUCUCACAAAAUAAAAUGAUGCAAAGCAAGGCAAGUGACUGAGUUGUCUAAAAACAUAAAAUACACCUACCAAGUAUCAUUUUUACACAGUUAUAUCAGAUAUGUCAGUGUUGCUGAGGCUAAGCAUAGUAAAAAAAAAGCUUUUAACAACUUUAAUCACAUGCAAUAUAAGUGAAUGUUUUACUAACUGUCAACAGUUAAUUUCAUGCUAUUUUCUUGAACAUAAUAUCUGCACAAGGCCUCUCCUUGAUCCUUAAAGUGUCAAAGUUAACUAAUCAGACCUUUACUCCUGCUUGAAUGUCUAUGCAAAUUAGCUUUCCACUUUAUAUUAUUCAUGUCAGCUUUACAAAGCUCUUCUGUUUUGCUUCUGGAAUGUAAAACUGACCAGUCACUGUCCAAGAUUUACAGACAGAGUUGCCUUUUACUGAAUGUGGGAAAGUCAAAGCCCACAGACAGUUCAGUCUGUGCCUUUUAUCAGGGCUGAUUCAGAGACAGUUGUUGUUGUUUAACUGUGUUAAAGUAGCUCACAUAUUAUCUAUAAUCUCACCCUUAGACUUAUUUGUAUUUUGUUUACAUUUUCUAUCUGUGUCAUCACUGGGUUUGUAUGUUAUUCUGCCAGUAGAGGGCGCUUUACUCAGAGGAAGUGCCAUUCUUUGUGUUUUGUGUGAGCUUUGUUUUCUGGCUUGGGCUUUGGCAUAGAACUAAUUAACUAAUUCCCUAACUUUAAUAGUUUGCAAUCAUCCUAAUGCCAUGAUAAAAGACGGAUGUUGUUUUAAUUUUCUAACAUUUUACCUCUUGAUAGUUCCAGAGUCUCCAGCGGAGAUGGCAUGACCAACAGCCAUGUGUCAUUUCAAUAAAUAAAAAAACAAUUUUUGCA